UUUUCAUUCAUUUUGUUUAUUCAUUCAUUACCUGUGCACUGAGUGGCUGCUGUGUGUUGGGCCCCGUCCUAGGCAGUGAGGACAAGGAGGCUACAGGGUACAAAUAAUUGAGUGAACGAUGUCGCUCUAGAUACGGCUCAGGAGCAUCUAUCGGCUGCACGCCAACAUCAACGCAGGCGAAGAUGGUCUCCAAGCGCAUUGCCCAGGAGACCUUUGAUGCAGCCGUGCGCGAGAACAUCGAGGAGUUUGCGAUGGGGCCAGAGGAGGCGGUGAAAGAGGCUGUGGAGCAGUUUGAAUCGCAAGGGGUUGAUCUGAGCAACAUUGUAAAGACGGCGCCUAAAGUCUCUGCAGACGGACCCCAGGAGCCCACACAUGACAUCCUGCAGACGCUCAGUGACCUCCAGGAGUCUGUGGCCAGCUCUCGCCCCCAGGAGGUGUCAGCACACCUCACCCGCUUCUGUGAUCAGUGCAAGCAGGACAAGGCCUGCCGCUUCCUCGCGGCCCAGAAGGGGGCCUACCCCAUCAUCUUCACUGCCUGGAAGCUGGCUACUGCGGGUGACCAGGGCCUUCUGCUCCAGUCCCUCAAUGCCCUGUCAGUGCUGACUGAUGGCCAGCCAGACCUCCUGGACACCCAGGGCCUGCAGCUCCUGGUGGCCACGCUGACCCAGAAUGCUGAUGAGGCCGACCUGACCUGCUCUGGGAUCCGCUGUGUGCGUCACGCUUGCCUGAAACAUGAACAGAAUCGGCAAGACCUGGUGAAAGCUGGCGUGCUGCCCCUGCUGACUGGCGCCAUUGCCCAUCAUGGCCACCAUGCCGACGUGGUCAGGGAGGCCUGCUGGGCCCUGCGUGUCAUGACCUUCGAUGAUGACAUCCGUGUGCCCUUUGGCCAUGCCCACAACCAUGCCAAGAUGAUUGUGCAGGAGAACAAAGGCUUGAAGGUGCUCAUUGAAGCUACCAAAGCGUUCCUAGAUAACCCUGGCAUCCUGAGCGAGCUCUGCGGAACCCUGUCCCGCCUGGCCAUCCGCAACGAGUUCUGCCAGGAGGUCGUCGACCUCGGGGGCCUAAGCAUCCUGGUGUCCCUGCUAGCUGACUUCAAUGACCACCAGGUGGGGAACCAGAGCGGCGUUCUGGAGCUCGUGAAGCAAGUGCUGAGCACCCUGCGAGCCAUCGCAGGCAACGACGAUGUGAAAGACGCUAUUGUCCAUGCCGGCGGGACGGAGUCCAUCGUGGCUGCCAUGACCCAGCACCUGACCUGCCCCCAGGUGUGUGAGCAGAGCUGCGCGGCCCUGUGCUUCCUGGCCCUGCGUAAGCCGGACAACAGCCGCAUCAUCGUGGAGGGUGGAGGGGCUGUGGCAGCACUGCAGGCCAUGAAGGCACACCCGCAGAAGGCCGGCGUGCAGAAACAGGCUUGCAUGCUGAUCCGAAACCUGGUGGCCCACAGCCAGGCCUUCUCGAAGCCCAUCCUGGACUUGGGGGCUGAGGCACUCAUCGUGCAGGCCCGAUCGGCCCACCGUGACUGUGAGGACGUGGCCAAGGCUGCCCUACGGGACCUGGGUUGCCAUGUCGAAUUCCAAGAGCUGUGGACAGGCCAGAGGGGCAACCUGGCGCCAUGACCCUCGGCCCAGUCUGGGCCAUGACUCUGGGUGAGUCGUGUGACUCAGGAAUGGGGGUAGAUCCAGGUCCUCCACUGUCCCACAUUAGUUCUGUCCCCUUCACAGUGAGAAGUGUUUUUCGGCAGUCCUUGGGUAAAGGGUCGGGGAGUGGGGGGCCUUGUAGGGAGGCAUCUACACAGAAGAAAGCAGCCCCCACAUCCCAGCCACUCCUGGGUCCCAGCCUCGCCUCCCCGCCAGCAGCAUGGACGUUACUGUCCUUCUCCUUCCCCCUAGCCCCAUGCCCUACCAGGAGGGGCAAAGGGCACGUCCCAUCACUCACUGCCGUAUCUGAAAUGUGGCCGCUGUGGGCCAGGCUCAGGGCAGGGCAGGCGAUUCCAGUGGGGUUGGGCCCCCAGUGCCUGCUGCUUACUGCAGGUUCGUACAGGCCUCUGCUCCUCGUUUUUCUCACCUGUAAAAUGGGUCUCAGAUGCCUGGCCCCAGCUUGUCUGUCUCUGGUUUUGGGCCAGCCAGGGUACCUGAUAAUAAAAGAUCAUUGGGUAAACAA